AAAGGACUAAUUCGCUAAUCUCUCUGUUAAUACGGUAAACCUGCCGAUGCACUAACAUAAAUUACCAAGAAGCUCCAAGACGGAGACGUAGGAGUUGGUUUUCUGCAGCGGUUCUUUGAGAAUUUGUGAGUUUGGUGUGGUGUCCACCUUCACACACAAGUUGGACUUGGCUUCUCUGCUAAGGCUUCAUUGAGGACAAGUGAGGUUUUCUGUGGUGUGUAUGCUUGUGUGUGCUUGUGGGCUGUUGUGUGGUUGUUUGCCUGCCAUGCCCUUGCCUGCGCCUGAUGUCCCGGCCUCUCAGAGGCUGGCACUGGACUGUCGUACCCUUCUGGACCAUCGCGUUGGCAAGGGGGUUUGUGGUUGCUGGGGGGCUCUCCGGCCUCGGUACAAGAGACUGGUAGACAACAUCUUCCCAGUAGACCCAGAGGAUGGGCUGGUGAAAGCCAACAUGGAGAAGCUGACAUUUUAUGCCCUGUCAGCUCCAGAGAAGCUCGACCGUAUCGGAGCUUACCUGUCAGAGAGAUUGUCAAGGGAUGUGGCCCGACACAGAUAUGGCUAUGUGUGCAUAGCCAUGGAGGCUCUGGACCAGCUGCUGAUGGCCUGCCACUGUCAGAGCAUCAACCUGUUCGUGGAGAGUUUUCUGAAGAUGGUGCGCAAGCUGCUCGAGUCAGAUAAACCCAAUCUACAGAUCCUAGGAACCAACUCGUUUGUGAAGUUUGCCAACAUAGAAGAGGACACACCGUCGUACCACCGCAGUUAUGACUUCUUUGUGUCGCGCUUCAGUGAGAUGUGCCACUCCAGUUACAAGGACCCUGACAUCCGCACCAAGAUCCGUAUGGCAGGUAUCAAGGGUCUGCAGGGUGUGGUGAGGAAGACUGUGAAUGAUGAGCUACAGGCCAACAUCUGGGACCCUCAGCACAUGGACAAGAUCGUCCCCUCUCUGCUUUUCAACCUGCACAGUGGAGAGCGUACAGAGAGCCGCUCCCCUUCACCGCUGCAGGCGUCCGAGAAGGAGAAGGAGAGCCCGGUGGAGCUGACGGAGCGCUGCUUCAGGGAGCUGCUGGGACGAGCUGCCUAUGGCAACAUCAAGAAUGCCAUCACACCCGUGCUAAUGCACUUAGAUAAUCACUCUCUAUGGGAGGGGAAGACUUUUGCGGUGCGCUGCUUCAAAAUCAUCAUGUACUCCAUCCAGUCUCAGCACUCUCACCUGGUCAUCCAGCAGCUCCUCGGUCACCUGGACGCUAACAGCAGGAACUCAGCCACAGUGCGAGCUGGGAUAGUGGAGGUUUUGCUGGAGGCAGCUGCCAUUGCAGCCAGCGGCUCUGUUGGACCCACAGUUUUGGAGGUCUUCAACACUCUGCUGCGGCAGCUUAGUCUUAGUGUGGACUACGAGUUGACCGGCUCCUACGACAGCAACAUCGGCACCAAGAUCAUCAAAGCUCACGAGGAGCGGCAGCUGCAGGAGGCCGUCAUCAGGACCAUCGGUUCAUUUGCCAACACUCUACCAACAUACCAGAGAUCAGAGGUCAUGCUUUUCAUUAUGGGCAAGAUCCCUGUCCCUGGGGUUCACCUGGCUCUGCUGUCCGCAGGCUCCGAGCCUGAAGGCAUUAGGAUGAUUCAGGUCAUGUUGCUGAAGUCCUUGGUUCAGGUGACGGCAGGUUUCCAGACCACCAACAUGCUGACUGCGCUGCCGAACUCCUUCCUGGAGCCGCUGCUGUCCUUCUAUCUUAUCGAGGAUCCAGAGAAUCGACUGCUGGUGCUCCAGAUCCUCCUCAGUCUUAUCGACCGGCACGACAACCAGCCCAAGUUUGAAAACAUUAGCAUCAUCUCGGACAUCUCUAUUCUCAAGCUCAAAGUUGACAAGUGCUCCAGACAGGACAACUUAUUCAUGAAGAAGCAUGGCCAGCAGCUGUACCGACACAUCUACCUGGGCUGUAAGGAGCAGAGCAGUGGUCGGCAGCACCACGAGGCCCUUUUUGCUCUGUUGGGCCUUCUCAGCGUGGAGCUGGCCAACGAAGAGGUGGUGGUGGACCUCAUUCGCCUGGCACUCGCAUUGCAGGACCUGGCUCUGUCCACCGAUGAGGCUCUGCCUGUUUACAACCGCUGUGCUGUUCACGCCCUCGCCGCCGCCUACCUCAACCUCAUCUGCCAGCUCACCACCGUCCCAGCCUUCUGCCAGCACAUACAAGAGGUAAUUGAGGUCAGACAGAAAGAAAGUCCCCACCUUCUACCUGAGGAUGUGUUCAUUGAAGACCCCAAGCUGCCUUCCUCACUGGAGAAGGUAGAAGGGGAUCUUCUGUUCCUUCAGUCGAAGAUCACCGAGGUUCUCGGAGGCAGUGGUUACAACACAGAGAGACUGGCUACGCCUUAUGUCCCACAGUUUACGGAUGAGGACCGUCUGUCCAAGAGAAAGAGCAUCGGUGAGACCAUCUCUCUCCAGGUGGAGGUGGAGUCCCGAAACAGUCCAGAGAAAGAGGAGAGGACACCAGCAGAGGAGAUCACAUUUGAAACCCUGAAAAAUGCCAUUGUGGACAGUGUUGGUAUGGAGGAGCAGGAGAGGGAGCGCAGGAGACAAGUGGUGGAGAAGUUUCAGAAGGCCCCCUUUGAGGAAAUAGCUGCCCACUGCGUUGCCAGGGCAUCUCAACUGCAGAGUAAACGAAAUCAGAUCUUUGAGAUCACAAUCAGACCCCCGCCCAGCCCAUCUGGAACCAUCUCGUCCGGUUACGGCCAAACUCAGAGUCGAUCCGUGCCCAUCUACGAGAUGAAGUUCCCUGACCUGUGCGUGUACUAAACCUCACUUUCAACAGCGAUAUACGGAAAAAAGAUGCAAACCAAUCCUCACUGUAAAAGCAUCAGAAUCAUGGAUGUGAGGAGAACAAGCCAACUAAAGAGCAAGCAACUUUUUGUUUAACUUAGCUUAGAUGACAAUUCUUUUUUUCUCCUCCUCUGUGACCGCAGACGAAACAAACCUGCUUACGCCAGUAAAUGCAGCAGUCACACUUUUUUUAUUUAAUUCCUUUCAGUUCUUCCUUAAAUGUCUGUAAAAACUCCACUGGUUGGAUUUUUAAGUUGAGACGUUGCCAAGAACUGUGAGUUAAAGAUGAUGUGACAGACUCAGACUUUAUAUUUUAUUGGCUUUAGAAUGAAUUGACCCGUUGCACGCCCUGGAACUGAAACACUGCUAAUUCUUGCCAUACUAACCUGAAUAACAAAACGAGAUUGACCAGUCAUGUUUAUUUUCUCAUGACGUUUUAUAUUGUAAUUGUUUUAUAUUUGUUUUGGCCGGGAAGAGAGUAUAUGAGUUACAUUUUAAAUUAAAAUAUUGUUCUUUUAAGUUUGAUUGUUGUCUCCCAUGUUCUGCAGCUCGUCUUCAGUCUAUUUAUCGCUUUUCGUUUUGCCUUUUUAGUGUAAUAGCCAAAAGUGCUUCUUUCUUUAACGACAGGCUUUUUUAAUUUCCUGCACCUACUUUUAAGUCUAAUUAUAAUUUUGUUGUUUUUUAUCUGUGAUUGAAAUGAAAGAUGACUGUGUGUGCUAUCCUCCAAAGUGAGUGUGCCUUACGGGUGACUCAAGCUAAGACACAAAAACACACGAGUCGUGACCACACUCGAGUUGCGUUUGCCACUGCACUGAUUGUGUCCGUAGAUGAGGGAGAAAGCUACGUAGUUUGUAUUCCGAUACUUUUUUUUUUGUUAAAAUCUCAAAUUAAUAAUCAGCAACACAUGAAAUUAAAUUAUAUAUUGAGGAGUAGUAAUGUUUUUGCAUCAUCACAAGGGCAGAGGAUCACAUUAUUAUUGUAUUAAUGAACAGAUCUGAUCUGCAAGGAAAACAGAUUUUUUCCCAAUUUAUCACUUUCCACAGUUUCUGACAGGUUUCAGCACCAUCACUCUUUUAGACACUUAAACGCUCCAAGCGAGACAUAAGCGAGUCUAAAAGCCAUUUUGUGUGUUCGCAAACACACACAGGUAUUAAAAAAUUUAAGUAUAAUGGCAAUAAAGUGGCACGAGCCUGCCUGGCUGACACGGCCCGACUAGAGGUAGCAGAUCCUUUUGUGUGAGUGACGUCGUAUCUUCUGUUGUCGUCGUGCUGUGAUGGUUCAGUUUAGUGAAAUCCUAAGAGGCCGUCUCUCCCGCUCCCGUGCUUCUGUGACUUGACUGCGUCGGAACGUGGCACGUCUUGUUUGAUGUGGAAGAUGGCGUUUGGUUUAUUCCCAAUUGUCAUUCGUUGUAGUCCAGUUUUUUUAUUUUUUAUUACACAAUGUAGUGUCCCCUGUACGUGUAUCUAUGUCCACACAUGCCAGUGUAUCAGAUUGUCUGUUCAUGUUUACCAUUUGGUCAGUGUACCUGCGUUUAUGUGAGUGAGCGUGCACGUUGGAAACUUUCAUGCAGAUGUGCGUCUUUGCUCUCAUUAAGACCAAACUCAUCAGACACAGUUUACAGUUUCUGUCCAGUGACUCUUUCCACCGUGUUAACGAAGAACAAGCCGAAGCCUUCCAGCGACACGUCGUAGAAUAAUCUUUUACUCAACUUAGCAAUGACGACCGCCCUGUGAACCUGUCAGCUGUGUGCUUGUUGAUGUCGCAUAGUGUGAUAUUAUUAACUGACGGUAAUUCAAUCUUACUUUUGUCAUUACAUGUUUGGUUAAUAUAGGUCUGUUUACAACGUAGUGCUGUAGGUCAACUCUAUUCAUUCUGUGAACUUUGCACUUUAAAAACUGGAUUACCUAGUGACAAAGGCAGCUUUUACGAGGAGAAAAUGCCUUAUGAGUGUCAUACCUGACUCUGCAUGCUAGUGAUGUUGCUGUGUUGUACAAUAAAACUGUCUGUAAGCAUAAAAA